AUGUGCCAGCCAAAGGAUGAUGACUUGCCCCUGCUGAGUCUGUUGGUCGAGUACUUGACUGUUGUGAUUUUCACAGCUUCAGCACAACAUGCUGCUGUCAAUUUUGGACAGUUUGACUGGUGUGCCUGGAUCCCCAACUGUCCUUCCACCAUGAGGAGGCCUCCUCCCACACAGAAGGGCCAGGUGGAUAUGAAGUAUAUCAUGGAGAGUCUGCCGGACCGUGAACGUUCCAGUUGGCAUGUAGGAGCAGUUUGGGCCCUCAGUCAGUUCCAGGAUGACGAGCUCUAUUUAGGCCAGUAUCCAGAUACGCACUUCACUGAACAACCGGUCAUAGAAGCCACUAAGGCUUUCCGCAACAAAUUAUUUGAAGUGACCAACAUCAUCAAGAUGCGAAAUGAAAAAUUGAUAUUGCCUUAUCGGUAUCUGUCUCCAGAUAAAAUCCCUAACAGUGUGGCCAUCUGAGAGAGCAUCUGUGGUAAACAUUUCCAAACCACAUUUGAUUUUAACCAGUUUAUGCUUUGCAUCUAAAGAAAAUAUGUAGAAAGCUUGGCGAGCACGGUUUUAACUGGGCUAUUUGGAUCCACAUCACAACAUAACUCCAUAAACAAAAUCAUUGCUAGAGUAACUGUAAGGAUUUUAGUUAAAAUGGUAAUUUGGGUAAAAAAUACAAAUUAUUCCAAAAAAUUAAUGUCUAUACAAAAUAAAAACAAAUAAAUGUGCAGUCAGCAUUCACAGUAAUUUAAAUGUGAUUUAUUUAUGGAUUCUCAUCAGUAAUAUUUGUGUGUUAAUGUGUUACUUCAAGAGAGCAAACAUCUGUGUUGUGUUGUUUUAUUCAAUUUCAUCUUUAUAAAAAAUGUAAUUAUCAUUAAUGUAGUUAUCAUUUAAUCAUGUAUUCAUUUUGGUCACACUUUAUUUUAAGGUCCAAUUCUGGCUAUUAACAAACCAUUAACGAUGACUUUUGCCUCAAUAAACUCCUAAUUUGCUGCUUAUGAAUAGUUAGUAAGAUAGUUGUUACGUUUAGGUAUUGGGUAGGAUGUGGGAUGUAGAAUAUGUGCUUUAUAACUACUAAUAAAUAGCAAAUAUGAUAAUAAUAGGCAUGCUAUUAAGCAGCUAGUUAAUAGUGAGAACUGGUCCCUGAACUAAAGUGUUACCUUCAUUUUAUUACAUUAAUCAUUUGUUCCUCAUUUUAUUAUUCUUCAUUUAUGUAAUUAUAUGUUUUUAUAUUAUAUAUUGCUUAUUAUAUCAUUUCUAUUGUUGUUUAAUCUUAUGAUAGUGGGGUUUCAUAACAUAAUAACACUUGUUGGAUUUGUACUGAUUAAAUUAAGUCUGAGCAUUGAAACACAUGCAACUAAGAUACUCAAUAAACCACCUCGGCUCAUUUUUACCAUCA